UCAAACCUUCCAUCUCCGACCGCCACAAACGCUGCAAGCCGGGAAAACACACCGCGAACGUCAACAACCAGCAGGCUCCCGUGGUUUGAGAACCCUGUACAUCGCCGCCAGUCUUGGAAGCGGUGAAGAAUUUUUUUCACGAUGUUCCAGAGGACAUUUCUCCUUUUGCCCGUGGUUUUCCUGUGUUUAGUGGACCGGGGACGGGCGCAGGAUGAUGUCCCGGGGCAGGGAGUGUACUUCCCGGGCCGCCCGUGCCAUGAGUUCCUGUGCGCUAACGACGUGUGCGUGUCCAGGAGAGUGGUGUGUAACGGCGUGUCGGAGUGCGGGGACAACUCGGAUGAACUCAACUGUCACGGUACGCCUGGAAAUGGCAACACCCAAACCUCCUCGCGCUGCGCCGCGCACCAGUUCUCGUGCCGGGACCUGACGCAGUGCCUGUACCAAGGCUACAGGUGUGACGGGGAGGCCGACUGUAGGGACGGCUCAGACGAGCACGACUGCCAGCCUGGACCCACAGGUUGCCUUCAGAACCAGCUGCGGUGCGGGAGCGGCGCAUGCGUGCCUGUGUCGUACCGGUGCGACAAUGUGGCUGACUGUGAGGACGGCACGGACGAGUCAGGAUGCUAUCACCCAUGGCCAGUCAACCCCCCCGAGCCGACCCGUGAGGCCCCAGUCACGGCCACAGCGGAAGGACGCUGUAACGGUCACUCCAACACUGUGGACCCCAGGAGUGGACACUGCUUGAACUGCCAGCAUCACACGAUGGGUCAGCGGUGUGAGACAUGUAUCCCGGGGUACACCGGGGACGCCACCCUGGGCACACCCCACGCCUGCACGCCGGUCAUCCACGUCUGCCACUGCUACGGACACUCCGGACACUGCGACGCCGCUGGGAACUGUCUGAACUGCCAGCACAACACCGCUGGUUCCAGGUGCGAUCAGUGCGCGGAGGGAUACUACGGGGAUCCAAGGCGAGGUACUCCGGACGACUGCAGACCCCUCAACCAAGGUCAAGGGCAAACGGGACAAGGUCAAACAUCCCCGGGUCCGCAUGGUCCAGGUCAAACUGACCAAAAUGGACCUGUUGAAGGCCAAACAGGUCAACAUCAACCUGGUCAAACAGGCCAGGUUCAGCCCGGUCACGGCGGUACAGACCAAGGUCAGGCAGGUGAAGGUCAGACAGCUCCAGGUCAGCAGGAAGAGCAGCCGUACAUAGUGGGAGAGCGGUGCAGAUGUUUCAACCACGCCACGAAAUGUGACCCGAGAACUUUCAAGUGCUUGGAUUGUCAGCACAACACGGAAGGUUUCUACUGCGACCGGUGCAAGCCCGGUUUCAGGGGAACCGCUCUGUACGGGACCCCGCAUGACUGCCAGAGGAUCCCGCUGUACUCCGAGGGAGCGUCCCCCGGUACCACCGCCUCCCCUGCCACCACCCCAGCGCCAACCGUCCGCCCGCACUGUUACUGUCACGGACACAGCAACAAGUGCGAUGAGUCAGGACGGUGUUUGGACUGCCUGCACCAGACGGAGGGGAAGUACUGUGACCGGUGCCAGGCGGGGUACAUAGGGGACGCCCGGAAGGGCACGGCGGCGGACUGUCAGCUGGCGCACCCCGACUGCACCUGCCACGGCCACGCCGACUUCUGCGACGUCUUCGGCAGGUGUCUGAACUGUCGCCACAACACGAUGGGAAACCAGUGCGAGAAGUGCGUCCUGGGUUACUAUGGCGACCCCACCAGAGGCACGCCCUCCGACUGUCACCCAUGUCCAUGUCCUCUGACGACCCCGUCCAACCAGUUUUCUGACACAUGUACACUGGACAUAGAUGGUCUGCCUACAUGCACACGGUGUCAUCCGGGGUAUUUGGGCCGGGAUUGCGGGACGUGUGCAAACGGUUACUGGGGCAACCCGCGAGAGGAGGGACAGAGAUGUGUCCGACAGUACAAGUGAUGUGCGGACACACACAGUGGGGAAUGACGGUACUGCCAGGUAGACGACUUGAUCCCCGGUUCUGUGGACAAAAAAAAAAGAAAUUCAGCGAGAGGGAGAAAUUGUAAUAUCAUAUAAAGAUACUGAUGUUAUGCUCAGCAAUGUCUAGCCUUGUAUAUCAUAAUAAUGUUCUGUUAAGCCAACGUAGUUGAUACUUGCGAUCGCGCUGUAUUAGAACUGUAUGUAUAGACUUCCUGAUAAUAGAAUUGCUAAUUCCAGUGACAAUACUAUCAUUAACACUACAGAUUUAAUCCAAUGCUUUACCAUUUUUGUAUUGAUGUGACUGUCUCCUCAGCGAGGUUAAUUUGAAUAUAUUUAUUGCCGACAUGUUUUAAUUCUUUCAUUGACGGUCCCUUGUUCCUGUGUCUCCCUGAACUUUGACUGUUGUCAAAAACAAAUAGGCAGCCGAUAAUCACGAUGUUAUGCGGUCUCCAAACGUGUCGAUUGAAAUGAGUGCUCACGCAGUAUUGUGUACUGAAAACACGUGUCCAUAUGGGCUACAAGGACGCCUGGUACACGCUUAGCUGUGGGCAAACUGAUCAGCGUUUAAAGAAUGUUAAUUAAUUACUGUUCUAUUCCUAAUCUUAAAGACAAACCAUCUUAAAUGGAAACCAACGUUUGUGAUUUUUUAACAAUGGGGACAAUCUCAUACCUCCACCGAAAAGUUCGAAAAGUAAAAAGUUCUAGACCGGAUUACAUUGCCCUCAUGAGUAUAUUAUAUCCUUGUUACUGAGAGCCGUUGCUCAGCUCUUGCUAUUCCUAUGUAUAAAUAUGCAUAGAGUCACAUAAAUUACAAUUAAAGAAUAAGAAUUUUUUUGCAUAUUCGUUUCCCAUCAUAUGGUCAUAUGAGAUAUUUAUGCACAAGAUACCAAAUAUACAUGUAGUAUGGGCUGCUGUACGUAUCGAUUCCGUAAAAAACAUGUUCUGAAAGGAGUGCCUCUAUGUGAAUCCCAUGUAGGCCCAUGCCUUAAUCUUAUGUUAUAUUUAUUCAGUGUGUAAAGUUUGCACCGUGGAGUGAUAAACAGAGUAAACAACUGAUAAGCACUUAUCAAACUGCCCCUCCCGAUAAAGGGCAACUUAGUGAAUAAAUCUGUGU